UGAAGUUAUGACUGUGGCCUUACUCUAUUUUCCCCUAACCCCUCAAGGUCUAUAAAUUAGGUGGCACUCCCUCCCAUAUUCUUCACUCUUCUGCUUCACACUGCUUCCCUAGGCCCUUCCUUUGGCUCCCCGCCUCAUAUCAAAGAGAAUGGCUAUUAUUGGGUUGCUCUUAAUGGGUAUUCUCACAAUGUUCCCCUCUACUUAUGCCUAUGGUGGAGGGUGGACUAAUGCACAUGCUACCUUCUAUGGGGGGAGUGAUGCAUCAGGGACAAUGGGUGGGGCUUGUGGCUAUGGGAAUCUUUAUAGCCAAGGGUAUGGAACAAAUACUGCUGCUUUGAGCACAGCACUGUUCAAUAAUGGGUUGAGCUGUGGCUCUUGCUAUGAGAUUAGGUGUGCUAAUGACCACAAGUGGUGCUUGCCUGGCUCCAUUGUGGUCACUGCCACCAACUUCUGCCCUCCAAACAAUGCCUUACCCAACAAUGCAGGAGGCUGGUGUAACCCUCCUCUUCAACAUUUUGAUCUCGCUCAACCUGUCUUCCUACGCAUUGCCCAAUACAAAGCGGGAAUUGUUCCUGUGUCUUAUAGAAGGAUUCCCUGCAGGAGAAGGGGAGGCAUAAGAUUCACCAUCAAUGGACAUUCCUACUUCAACUUAGUCCUAAUAACAAACGUAGGUGGUGCUGGGGAUGUACAUGGUGUGGCCGUCAAAGGGUCAAGAACUGGUUGGAUGCCAAUGUCAAGGAACUGGGGUCAGAACUGGCAAAGCAACAACUAUCUCAAUGGUCAAAGCUUGUCUUUUAAGGUUACCACCAGUGAUGGCCGUAGUGUGGUGUCCUACAAUGUUGCUCCAGCUGGCUGGUCCUUUGGUCAAACCUACACUGGUUCUCAAUUCCGCUAGAUCUGCUCCAAGUUCAAGUCUAACGUAUACAAAUACUAUACAAAUAUAGUAUGUUUAUGUUUUAGUAUGGCUCAUUAGUAUACUAGGUUAUUAGAUAGUAUGCUACUAGUUAGAGGGUCAGUUUCUGGGAUUUUAGAGACCAGGCGAAGAAGGGCAUGUUUUAAAAUGGCCCUUCCUUUUAAUUUUAUUGUGUCUACAAGUGGGACCUAAAUUUUUUUAGGACCCUCUUGGAUCAUUGGGGUGUUUUUCUUUCAGUUUUCAGUAGUUUCUUUUUGAAUCUUCUGCAGCUAAAUACAAGCUAGCAGAGGUGGACUUUCUAUAUUUUUGUGGGUAAAGUACUAAGUUGGAAGAGGUGGACUUUGUCACCACCCGCCAAUUAGUAUUCGGAAUGUGUCUUUUUUUCAUCUUGUUGUGAGUGUCAUGAGCAAUGUUUGCUUUUUAAUAGUUUGUAAUCAGCUUUGGCUGUGUAUGUUUUCGGUUGUAAUGGAGACUGAAAGUGUAUAUUGGAAUGUACCAGUAUAUCCUGGUACUACCCCUUG